UCUUCCAACAACCAACCAAUGUGAGCGGAAGUUGUGAUCACGUGAUUACUGUUUUGACUGGUCUGGGAUGGCAGAAGUUGUGAAUGUUGAUUUUCCGAUGACGGAAGAAGAACUACUAUAAUUUAGUCGUUCACAUGGCGAUUUCUAGUAUAUUUAGUGUGAAGAAUGUCGUUGCUUUUUAUUUAGGGACAUGCAUCGUCGCUGCCAUGAGUGGCGAAAGUGUAAUAAGCGAACUACCAUUCUGUGGUCAUGACAGAUUUAACACGGAACACAAGCUGGUAUUUGUGAGUACACUGGAUGGGCGGCUAUCAGCACUAGAUCCAUCUGAUGGGGGUUCUGUGAACUGGAGUAUUGAAACUGGACCUGGUCAGAUGCUGUCUUCCAGUAUACACAGGCUUGAGCUGACUAAUAAUGGACAGUUUGUGCGGAUGAUCCCUUCACUCAGUGGAGGUAUAUACAGAUUCAAUGGCAGCAGCAUUGAGUCUGUUCCUGUCACUGCUGACCUGUUGCUUAAAUCUGCUCCAUUUACAUUCUCCAGUGACCUUGCUAUCUCAGGGGGAAAAGAGACCAGAACUUACGGUGUUGUUGUCAAGACUGGCCAGUUGCUGUAUGAAUGCUCUAUGGAAGGCUGCAAAAACUCAACAGAAAACUUGACACCUGAUGACAUUGUAGUUAUUCAGAGGCACACACAGACCGUAAGAGCUAUUGAAGCACGCACUGGUUCUGAAAGGUGGAAUUUUAGUGUUGGUCAGCAUGAACUGAGCUUUGUUUCUGACAGUGUUGACAAUUGUCAUGGAAAUAGUCCAACCCCAGUCCAAUUCUCUGAUGACUCUGAGCUCAAAGUUAUUGUACCAGAAGGGCUUAUCUGCUCUGUCAGUAGGUCAACAGGUGAAAUUAUUUGGAAACACAAGUUUGAGUCACCAAUUGUGGCUGCAUGGUACCUGUUUCAAGAGGAGAUGCACCCAGUUAACCUCUUCAGUGGUGCACAGUGGACACCUUCCUAUAGUGAUGGCAUGGGCCCACUGACACCGUCAUUGUAUAUCGGUAUGCAUAACAGACAGCUGUAUAUCCAAGAAAGUGUCACUCUCGGUAAUAAGAUGCCUACCGAGCUGGCCAGAUCUUCACGAUCACGCAUUCCACAAAUAACGUGGGCUCCUGUGUCAGCAACAGUUGUCUCCCAUAUAUACCUGCCCGACCAGUGCUCAUGGCCGGACUCUAGCCAAUCACAGCUGGUGGGCGGAGUCAAGAGCUUGUGCUGUGUGGUCCUGCUUUCUAUUGGUGUUUUGACUGGAUUGCUUGAGAAUUUUUGUUACCAGAUAUCAGCCCUUGGUUUGGUGGGAUCUGUAAAUUCUGACUCUAAUUCAGAAUUAACUGAACUGGGAAAAACAGAAUUAAUAACAAUAGCACAGUCCAUCUUGUAUGCUUCAGAGUACAGUAAUGGAAAUGGCUAUUACUUGUUUAGUGCCCCCAGCCUACAGUGUGAUGUUGAUGAUAGUGGAAAUUCAACAAUUACAGAACUGGAGGAAGAAGUAACUACAAAUGAUUUUAAAAUGGAAAAUGAAACAUUUUCCCUCUGGUACUGGUGCAUCAUGUCACUAUGUACAACAAAGUGUAGCAGCUCUCGUACACCGAACAUUCUGAACUAUUUCAGUAUAGUGCUUUUGUUCCUUGUUUUAUUUUUUGCUACUUCUAAAAUAUUGUUUGUUAUUGUAGGAAAUGGCUAUUACUUGUUUAGUGCCCCCAGCCUACAGUGUGAUGUUGAUGAUAGUGGAAAUUCAACAAUUACAGAACUGGAGGAAGAAGUAACUACAAAUGAUUUUAAAAUGGAAAAUGAAACAUUUUCCCUCUGGUACUGGUGGAAAGAGGUUCUUGUCAUUAGCAUUUCCACUGCUGUCUUAGUGAAUCUGGUAGUGAUGCAGCGAUUCGUGCACGUCUUUCACCUUCCAUUUACAAACAGUGAAGUAGCAGAACAGGAAAUCAUUGUUGUGGAGAAACCAGUAGCAGUGCUUCCGGAGCCAGAACCACUACCCGCACACAGAAGCCAUUCAGAUCCAGGUGGACAGCAGUCAUCUGAGUUCACCUCACGCUUCUUGACAGACUUCAGUCCUGUUCAUUGCCUUGGGAAGGGUGGUUUUGGAGUUGUCUUUGAAGCUAAGAAUAAGAUUGAUGAUUGUCACUAUGCCAUUAAACGUAUUCCUCUUCCGAACCGGCAAGAAUCUCGUGAUCGUGUGAUGCGGGAGGUAAAGGCCCUAGCUAAGCUGGAACACCAUAAUAUUGUUCGCUACUUCAAUGCCUGGUUGGAGUGCCCUCCAACUGGUUGGCAAGAGGAGCAGGAUAAAUUGGUUCCUAAUUGUGAUGCCUUCUGCUCACUUGUGAGUACUGCGUCUGUUGACUUCACCAGCCAGACUCAAGGAACUUCUCUGCAGAGACACCUAUCUUCAGAUAUUUCUGCAAAACAAGACAAGUGUUCCUCUGUGUUUCUAAAUGUAGGAAGUGACAGUGAGUCAGAGAGUUGCACCUCUAUCCAACAGAUACCCAGGUACAACCCAGACAAGAGUGAUUCUUUCAUUGUGUUUGAAACGUCAGGUGGUCAUGAAUCAGAACUUACAGUUAAUGAUGACAACAAACGCAGCUCUCAAGAUGGAUUUGAAGUAACAGAACAUAGUAGGGGAGUAAGUAGAGAUGUAUUAUAUUGCAGUAAUUCUGAAACCUCUAGUAUGUGUCUAUCUGCAUGGGGUGAAGAAAGCAGAAGAAAAAGGACUUCUUCUGCUACUGAAUGCCAUGACUCCAAGAAGAAAGUUGGUCACAGGCGACCGUUGUCUCUUGACAUUUCCAGUGGAGGUGGAAUUGUGAUGCCUUCUCCUAAAGCAUCUCGCAUGUACUUGUUCAUUCAGAUGCAGCUGUGUCGCAGAGAGAGUUUGAAGGAGUGGUUGAGAGACAAUGUGUCUAGUAGAAGUGCAUAUGUUGUUCUGCCGAUGUUUGAGCAGAUUGUUCAAGCUGUAGAGUAUGUCCACCUGCAAGGCUUGAUCCAUAGGGAUCUGAAGCCAUCAAACAUAUUCUUUUCAUUGGAUGGUCGGAUAAAAGUUGGUGACUUUGGGCUAGUAACAGCUAUAGCGGAAAGCAGUACCAACCAGAGAACACCCAACUCUGAUUCCAUUGGUGUGCUGUGUGCUGAUGAGAGACAUACUGCACAUGUUGGCACGCAGUUAUACAUGAGUCCAGAACAGGCACAGUCUCUCCCAUAUAACUACAAGGUGGAUAUCUACUCCUUGGGUGUUAUAUUGUUUGAAUUAUUAGUACCAUUUAGUACAGAUAUGGAACGAAGCUGCACUCUCAUGGACCUCAGAAAUAACAAAUUCCCAGCACACUUUCAGCAACAGUUUCAAGGUGAUUUUGAGUUGCUGCAGUUGAUGUUAUCCCACUGUCCAGAGAAACGUCCCACAACAUAUGGUAUUCGAGCACGCCCACCUCUUGAUCAAUACACGAGCAGUGUAAACACAAAUGAGCAGUGGCACUUUGAACUGCCACCACUGAGGAGGGAUUCAAGCAAGACUUCAUCUCACUCCAAUAGCUCCAGUGUUGAGUCCUGGGAACAAGUAUAAAAUAAUCACAAAUUGGUAUUUUGAUUUGACCUUUCCCAAACAUUUAUUCUAAUGAUGUUGAUUAUAAAGCUUAUGGCAUUUGUUAAGGUUAGGGGUUUCCAAUAAUAUUGGUUGUUUUCAGUAUUAUGAAUUAAUUCAGAAAGAAGUUUGCUAUGUAUUGCAUCCGUAUGUUUGUGCUUUUCCUUUAUCUACUCCCACGUCCUUACUGCCUUCUGAAUAUGAUUUUCCUUUCUCACUUAUCCCACUUGUCUUGCUUUCUCGGAAAUGUUGCAGCUGUUCUGUUACAUUAUUUUUGUAUUACUUCAGUGCUUCUUAUUUUGUUGGCAUGUAUUUGACUAGGAUUUUUGUUGUGUCAGUAUUCACAUUGCUAAUGCAUACAGACAUAAAAACUUCACCACUUCACAUUUUAUGUUGCUUGUAUCUAUUAUGUUAUCUUAAUUUUGACAUAGUUGUACAUUUUUCUAAUUUGUAUUAAUAUCUUUGUCAUAUAAAACAUUCAGUGAAGUAGAUGUAGAAUACAUUAUCAAGGAAACCUGUUAAACACUUUUUAUUUCCUUAUUUAUGCACGAUUUUGAGCUUCAGUUUUGUGAUUUCAAUAUGAAAUAACACUGAAACGAUCUGUUGUCAGUUUGAGAAUGCAAAAUUGCUGUAAGAAAUGCUGAUGGAAAGACUGUAUGGAUUACAAAAUACUGCAGUUAGCAGCUGGUAUUUUUAUCUUUCCACAUUUGUUGUUUGUGUGACUCAUUUUCAGUCUAUUUCUAGCAAAAUCAUGACAUAACUUUUGUUUCCAUAUAUGACACCUGUAUUUUUACUUCCAUUGGUAUCUCAUGGAUAAACUUUGUGCUGUGACAGUUUACUAAUAGAUUAAGCUCCUAGUAUAAUGUCCUUUCCAAAAUUACUUUUUUCUGGCAUUGAAUGUAAAAGUCAUCACUAAAUAUUGUUAUUAGAUCAGUUCACAGUAAUGCUAGGACAGACAUUUGCCACUUUCUGAAGGAAAAAUCUAAAAUGUGUCUGUAUUCAUUGUCUUUUGACAUAUUGUUUUGGAUGUAAUGCUAUCAAAAUUUAGUGAGCUAUUAUUAUGAAUUCUCAGAAAUUAAAGUAAAUUGUUCUAAAAUCUACUUUAACAUUACUUUGUCUGAGUCUAGGCUUUGAUUCUUCAUGGGUUUGUGUUUGGAAACCCCUGGCUGUGUAUAUGAGAAAUGUAAUAGUAUGUAACCUGAAUGCUUAUGAACCUUUCUAAAUCUUUGUGAAAUUCUGGUUAUGAAUACAACUGAUCGUGCAAUUUCUUUCUCAUUACUUCAGUCUAUUGUACCUGGCUGCUUUAACUUUCAGUUUGGUAACAGGAACCAAAAUGUGAAUUCCAAGUACCCAGCAAUAAUGCUGUAACUUCUCGUUUUAUUUGGAGAGUUAUUGCUCAGAUUUGUGCCUGUACCAAGUAAGUUACAUAUUAUAAAGCUCUGUCUGCUUAUGCAGUUCCCAUUUACAUCUACUUCUGUUUUUAUACUAUUAUGUUUCUUUUGGGCCUGUAUUAAUUACAUUUAACCCUGAUAGAAGUUGUUUUGUAAAAAUCUUUUUGCAGCUGAUCUCAUCACAAACAUCAUAGGAGGUUUCAGUACACUGAUUUUGGUAAAAGAAGAGUGCAUAUUAACUGACUUUGUGUCUGUAAUUCACAAAUAUAAUUUACAAACAUUCCAGAACUUAACAAGAGUUAUGAUGGCUGUUUGAAUUACCUGGACACUUCCGCUUGCGGUUUUCUGGUUCCCGGAACUGAUUUUAGAGUGUCAUGAAAAAUAAGUGUUGAAAACACGUAUGUGCAAUUUGAUAGGAUAUUUUAAUUUUUCAGAGUAGAGAAAUGGUGCAGCUGUUUCAUGUAAGUUAGAUAAUGAGAAUUUUUGGUUUAAACAAUCAGUGGAAGUUAUAUGUUGCAUUAAAAUAAGGCAUUAAUUAUUUGUAUGUAUUUUUUGGGCCUUUAAGGGGUAUUUACAUACACAUUUGCUUUCUUAUAGUCUGCAUGUGUCUAAGCUUAAAAAUGCUUUACAAACCUGAAGCCAUUGUGUGUGUGCCUUUCACUACAUGGAGGAUAUAUUAUUAUCCUAUAUGAGCUUGGUGGUGUGUAGUAUUACAGUACACUACAAAGCACUAUGUUUGUAAUUAUUGUCUUUAGAUUGCUCAGAUGUUGCCUACUUUAGUCUCUUGCUAAAGAUUUGGUUUUGAAUCAUCAAAACUUGUGGAUUCACUGUGAGUAAUUUCAGGGAUGAUAAAAGUCUGUUUUUGCGAUGGUGUAUUUCAUAGGCAGAGAUAUUCUGAACCUUUGUGAAAUUAAAUUAAUGUAUUGAUUUUAAUUCCAUUGCUGAUGUAUAUAGUAAGUGAUAAAGUGACAUUAACAGGAUAGUGUGCUUUAUGUGUGCAUGUGGAUCGUAAUUUAAGUAUUGUUGAAUUUCUGUUUUUAAUGAUGUGGACCAAUAUAUAUAGUGUGUAAUGCAUGAACUUAUGCCAUAUAUUUAUGUUUGAGAAUUUUAUGCAGAUCAAACCUUUUACUGACAUGUAAGAGACAUUUUUAGUAAUGUCAUAAGAUGUUUUUCUGUAGCUUUGAUAGUGCUGUGACUGCAAAUGAUUCUUUACUGCAUUUGGACUGAAUAUCAUUGCAGGCAUUCAUGUAGCACCAUUGCUAGCUUCUUGUGAGUUUUUUAAUAAUUUUGUUUGACAAUAUGCCAUGUGUUAUGAAUGAACAGUUCUGACAUGCGUGAUCCAUACUAGCAUAGCUUAUGACUCGUCAGAGUUGAUGGGAAUUAAACUUUUUUGUGUUGAACAGUAAUAUAGCUUAUUCCAACAUUAUUACUAUUUAAAAAAAAAUUACUUCAUCUGUUAAUUAAGUUUCUUCUUCUUCUGUGUUACGGGGAUUAAUAAUUCCAUUUUGAAAGAUAUUUGGGUUUAAGCCUUUCUUUCUGUUGGAAAGAGUAUCUGGUAUGUAUUGUGUUUUAAAAUAUGUUAAUACCCAGGAAAUGUGUAAAUCUGUUGUCAGAAAAUAUUCUGACAAAGAACGUUGCGACUAGAAAUUAUUAAUACAAAUAUCAGUACAUCUGUACUGCUACAUCAGUGAGAGUCUGCACUUGAUUCUUCAUGUUAGAGUGCCCUUAUGUUGGCAAAAUAUUAUAGAAAUUGUAACCUCACUUACAUUUUGGAGGAAAUACAUGUGCAGCCAGUAAUCCCUCUUAUUGCUGUAAUAUAAAAUAGCCUCUGAAUAUCAGUUUUAUUGUUCCAUGUGAUCCGUGUAUCCACAAAUGAAUAUUAGAUCAGCAUAGGCACUGAUGUGUAAUUUAAAGGAGAAAACUUAUAUGAGUGAAGAACAGUCCUUGAUUGUAUUAAAACCUGAAGUUAAAAAAAAACUUGCAGACAUAUUCGUGUUUGGAGUAUACUGUCAGUACUUGACAUGUAACAACUGACUUUUGGCAUGAAAUAUGACAUUUCAGUUUAUUAAUGUUUAUAAAUUGGGAAGUACUUCAGGUGCAGAAAUUAUUCAUGUCGUUUGCAUGCUAUUUAAUUAUUUGUUUCUAUAUGUAUUAAAUAUAUAAGCAUACACAUCUCACAUAUUGAAUUUUAGACAUUACUGUUGCAAGGUUCCUAUUUCUGGAGUAAAAUUAUUAGAAGAAUGAGAAAUUGGAGACAUUGCCCUUCAUGGACUAGGAAGAGUCCUAAACUGUCCUUGUGCCUGUAAUAGGGCCCAUGUAUCAUAAAAAUUUUAUUUUUCAGCUUUUGAAGUCCUGUUGUGAAACACUUUAUCUGUCUGUCAUGUUUGUUAUAGUUUGGGCCUUUUUCCAUUAUGCUUUAAUGAUUAGAAUGUUUUAUAUUUUGUUAUACUUACGUGACUGUGUAAGAUGAUGAGAAUAUGCCUUAAUUCUUAUAAUUGUGCAUUAUGAUUAAGUUAGAUAUGUGAUAUCUGUAUAAUUUCACAUUCUUUGCUACCCUCUCUAUAAUGGGACAAAAUAUAUUGUAAAAUUUAAAAUUUAUUUCAAAACCUCUUGUCUUCAGCGUUACCUGUGUGGGAAAUGAUUGUUUUAGAAAUGGUCAUUUUUUCCAUUGCAUUUUUAGUGCCUCUAUUGUGUCUGUAAUAUGUGUUUUAUUAUUUAUAAAAUAGUUAUACAGGUAAUGAAAAUGAGUUUAUGAUAUUUUGCAGUGGAUAAGUUCAUUAUUUAUGUAUGCAAGAAUAUUGAAUGUUUGUGUAGCUAUGAAAUGUGUUAUGUACACAAAUUUGUUUGAAUGAAAAUAAAACGUCUAGUUACUUAGUGACUACAGA